UAGACACAUGCAAGGCGCAGGGUGCACAAACGCUUACUAUCUGUUCCAGGCAACUGCCUGUGUUUAUUUAGAAUAAGAGUGCUGCUAAUGCCUGUCCUGCAUAGUCCCAUCACUGGCAUGGCUAUACUGGGGGGAUUGGGAUUUGUUCGUGGCCUUUGGCAGAAAAUAAUCUCAUGAUGCACUUACUGUAGGUGCCAGGUAUGAUCAGCUACUUUGAGAAAACAUGGAGAAAGAAAUUGGAAAAAUAUAUAUAGACGGGGAGGAAUGAGAAGAUGUCAUGCAGGACACAAAGAGAUGGACAAAGUGCAAGAGGUUAAAGAGACAGAGGGAUGGAGGUAAGUGCAGAGAAGAGAGCAAGGGGGGGGGGAUUUACCAUUACUCACAUGCUGCGCUCGAUCAUUCCCUCUUUUGUGAGGUGGACAAUGAGAGCCAGCGGCACAGGGCUUAAAAAGGAUACGCACACUGUUACAGCCAGCAACCCUGGAGAGACACCAACCAACCCAGAGUUGCUGAAUGUUUAGGAGGACAGCGCUUCCCCCGGCUUCUCCACGAUGCUGUAUACUUUGGCGGGAGGAGGCACGCUCUGUGGUGUGGCUGCCCUCGUGCUUCUCAUCGUUUCUACGGCAACAGACUUCUGGAUGCAGUAUCGAUACUCGGGUAGCUCAGCCAAUCAGGGGCUUUGGAGGUUCUGCAUCAACCACAAAUGCCAUGCCCACACCAUAACUGUAGCCUUCUGGGAUGCCACACGGGCCUUUAUGUUGCUGGCGGUGCUGAGCUGCUUCGCCGGCGUGGUGCUCGGCCUGAGCGCCUUCACUAAUGGAACCAAGAACAGGAGGGUCCAUACAGGCGGCAUCGCCCUGGUCCUGUCAGGUUUUCUUGCUCUGCUGGCUUUGGCAAUUUACACCGGAGUGACUGUCACUUUCUUUGGCAAACGCUUCUUGGACUGGCGCUUUUCAUGGUCCUACAUCAUCGGCUGGGUGGCCAUCAUUUUGGCUUUUGCAGCAGGUGUGUUUCAGCUCUGUGCUUACCAGCGGACCACUGCAGAACCUGCUCCUUCCAAUAACCCGGACAGCUGAACACACUGAUUAGCUCGGGGACUGUUGCAAUGGAUGUCACUGCUGCUUUUGAAUACCUAGAAUGGAAUAAAUAGAAAUCAUAGA